ACGCGCCACAACAGCGCUGAGUUAAAGUUGUGAAUAUCUGUUCAUGGAUAUAUAAUUAUUAGUGCACUGGAAUUAUAGCAUAAUUUUCAAGUUAUGACUCAGUCGGAGAGAAAUAAUAUUUUCAUAAAGAUCUGCGCCAAGUAACUUCAGCUCAUGAGCUCUCCUUCGAAGAUGCCGUUCACAGCUGAUGCAGCGGCACAUCAAAUACAGGAACGGCUCAAGAACAUAUACAAUUUAAUAUUUGAGAUAGAAGAAGAACGCAAUCGAUCUGAACAUAAUUUAAAUAAUAUCACCAAGGCUCAUGACAAAAUAACACCAGAUGAUAAAGUCUCUCCUUACUAUCAACAGAAAUUAAAAAGUUUAUAUAGCGCUGCUGUCUCUGAUGCUCAACAAGAAGAGGAGCUGAUACGAAAAGCGCUGGCAAAAAUCAACGAAAUUAGGGCAAUUCGAAAUGAGCGUAGAAUUCAAGCGCGUAAUGCAGGAAACAAGGAAACGAUACGACGAGGUGCAUUGAUGAAAAUGUUGUUGAGCUCUGCACAAACUCUACCACUAUAUGUGGGUAAGUCACCUGGAGCAAAACCGCCGCCACUAUGUGGCGCAAUUCCAGCUGAAGUUACGUACAUAGCAAAGAUGGGAGAUAUGGUUGCCGCGCUGGUAAAGGGAUCUGAAGAAGAGGAGAAUUGGAUUCUUGCUGAAGUCGUUCAAUUUAAUCCAACGACGAGUAAAUAUGAAGUUGAUGACAUAGAUGAGGAACAAAAAGAUAGGCAUGUUCUUUCAAAGCGUCGUGUUGUCCCUUUGCCUCUGAUGCGAGCAAACCCGGAGACCGAUGCCCAUGCAUUAUUUCCCAAAGGAUCUAUAGUUAUGGCGCUCUAUCCCCAAACGACAUGCUUCUACAAGGCUGUUGUUAAUCAGCUACCGACUACCGCAACUGAAGAGUACGAAGUACUAUUCGAAGAUGCAACAUAUGCGGACGGAUACUCCCCACCUUUAAAUGUUGCGCAACGUUACGUCAUAUCCAUAAAGGAGAGUAAGAAAAAUAAAAGUCAGUCUUGAAGAGAAGCAGAGGUAUUAUUUAUAAUCCGUAACGAAUCAUAAUGACACCGGAAAUUUCUAAGCAAUAAUGCAGAUAUACGUCUAAUUGAGAUGCUGUACAAUUCAAAUCAUGCAAUUAUCUCACUGCCAUCAAUUUUUUUUUUCGUUACAAGAAGAAAUUACGUAGCUAAAUGAACAAAAAUUGAUGCUUUAGUUAUUAGAUAUUUGUAAUAUCAUCAAACUGUAUAUAAUCAAUAAACAGGAGAAAUUUUAUGUGCCAGGAUGUAUAUGCAUUUUAUACAGAUUGCGCACAUAUACAUUCUUUGCUUUUCAUUCCAAAAUACUAUCAAAGUUAUUAUUUCAGUUACUCAAAAUUACGCAUAAGGAUUCUUUAUUUGUCCAUUCAAUCAUCUUACAUUUAUUUUUUAACAUAUUUUUUCCUCUUAUCUAUUUUCUUUUCUUAUUUUUCUUUCCUAGUGAGAAAUAAAAAUUGUUCAUGAAUACGUGUUUUGUCGCUGAAUCGAAGGUGAUGCUGCACCGCACCUGCAAAAUACUUAGCGACAUGGGAGUAAUGUGGGUUUAAUUAGACUUUCGGUCUCUAAUACGAACACCAGAACUUUUUAGUGCUCAAAACGCACUCGGAAGUACAUUAUGUAUAAAUAUCGGUAAUAGCGAUCAAUCCUCAUCUUACAAAGUAGUAUUCAACGCUUUUUUUUAAACUUUAAAUCAAAUUAAAAAUCUAUCCUUAAAACGUUCCUACUUAAUCAAAGUUGCAAUGACAUGAAACUGUGUUGCUUUUGAAAAACUAUAUUUUCAACUAAAAAGAACUUUAAAGCAACUUCUUUCGCCAAAUGCAUACAAAACUGGUCAAUGAACUGAUUAACUCGUUAUUAGUUAUAAACUAUGAGAUAUAAUUCUAUUCAUUCAGAUUGUAGUUCAAUGAAUUUGUUUUUCAUUUUUAUUUUAUCUGCUUGUUUCAUUUAGACUUCAGUGCGUAAAUUACCAUAUGGAUAUCUUGUUUUUUUUUUUUUAUUUUUUUUUUCAAAAAAACUUGAUUCCCAGCACACUCUCAUUUUUAGGUAUAAUAUAUGAAAAAGGUGUCACCGACGUGGGCGUUCACUGUAUACAUAAAACAAUACCUGAAUAAUUAUGUGCCUGACAAUUAUUUAAUAUUUGGAAUUACGAUGAAGUUAAUGACAGAUAUUUUAUUUCAUGAGUGACAUGAGUUCGUAUUUUAUAUUUUUACAAAUCGCUGUAAGACAAAUGAUCUGGACCAAUAGAUAUUACUUGUAUGUUAAACUAUUUCAGAAAAAAUGAAAGAGAAAAAAAAUAACUAAAUAAUCGAAGACAAGGAUAAACUUGAAAAUUUUGAUAAAUCACUUGUGCAUUCAGCUAUAAAUGGCAAAAUGACAGCUUAUCUGGAUUGAUAAUUAUGAUACCGACUAAAGGAAAAAACUGAUCAUUUGAAAAUCAUUCCAACUUACUAAGGUGUGAGAAUGGGGGGAAAAAAAAAAAAAAACGGAAUGGAAAGAAAUAAGUAUUCAAUGUUAUAUGUUUACAUGAAGAACUGAUUGUUACAAUAUAAUUCUUAUUGAUCCAGCUCUUAUUGCUGUUUUAAUCAGUUUUCGCUGUCACGUUAUAGUUAUACGAUGAACACUUAUUUUGUAAUAAAAAAUAUAUGGUGCCUAAAGUACAGAGAUAAUAAAUUACAACACUAGAUCGAUACAUCAAUAAUCAUUCCGUAUGAAAUGAAUUUUUUCACCGUUUAUCAUCGACAUGGUUAAACGACAGAAUAUAUUUUGAACGAGAAACCUUCUUCUUCUUCGAGUCAAUGUCAAACACAUAAAAAUUGAAUAUUUACUCGCAGCUACCUAAAAUCUUCAAGAUCAGGAAGACCUACUAUAAGUUGUCGCUGUAGGGUGAUUGAAAA